AUGACCAACUCGCACGGCGACGCCGACUCGCCCGUCGAGCCCGUCGACUGGUACAAGGCUGAAGCAGCCGCGUGCGAGGCCGAGAACGAGCUGCUGCGGUGCGAGAUCCUCCAGGUCGAGGAACAGCUCGAACGACUGCCAGAAGAGCCAGAGGAGUCGAACGAUGCGCUCAAGCGCGUCACAGCCCUCGAGUUCGAGCUUGCAAGCGUCGAAGCGUCCCUCUCGGUCCUACGCUCGUCCAAGACCUCGUCGCCAACGUCCGAGCUCCGCAUGAACGAGCAGGCUCGCCUCGAGGUCGUCAACACUGUCGAUGAGCUCGAGAAGACGAUCGCCUGGGAGACGCAGCGGAAAGAGGACGAGGUGGACGCGCUCGACAUGGACAAGAUCUAUCUUCAAGACGCGACGACCCUGUACGCCACCCUCGCAGCUCGUGCGUCGACCGCCAACGACACGUUUUCGCCUCGGGCAGCUGGCGACAUCCUCGUUCUCCGCACGCAGGGCCUCGUACGCCACCUCUCGCGGCGCACCGAGGCGCUCCAGCGAGCGCUCGUCGAGUUCGUCGACCAGCUCGCUCUCGGUGGUCCUGCAGCGCCGGCCGCCGAAGCGCUUGAGGAGGGCGAGGGCGGAGCGGCGGACAGCUCGAGCGAGAGGGAGGGAGAGAUUCCUACUUCGACCUCCUCAUCGUCGUUCGACCUCGGCGAGUGGAUCCGCGCCGACCCUGCCAUGCGCAUCCUCGGUACCGCAAAAGCCGUGACCUCCGGCGCCUCGGACGGCGCGCCAGCACCCGACGAGCCCGAGCGCCAACCCGAGACGCGCGCGUUCCAGGUCAAGAAGCUCCUCGAGGUCCUCCUCAACCGCUCGGUCCUCGUCCCCUCGGAUCCCUGGCUCGACACCUCGCCGUCCCUCUCUGCGGCACCAGGACCCGACAGCGGCUCGACACGCGACGACGGCACGGGCUCGUACCCGCCCGAGCUCGUCGCCUUUCUCGUCAGGGCGGGCAUCGCUGUCCAGCACCCGAUCGAGCGGGCCAAGGUCCGCCUGGAGGACUUUGCCGGGCUCGGCGGGGGCGGCGGGUCGUAGCCUCUUCUUGUCUCGAGCGUGCUCAAUGCAGACGAUGUUCUCCUCU